AUGACGGUACAUUUUUUAAGUUUAAACAAAGUUGCUCUUGAGAGUGUGACACUUGGUGUGUUAGAGCUUUCUGCCAGCCAUACAUCUGACAAUAUAUCCGCUUGGUUUGAACAUCUUCUUUUUCAGUGGGGUAUAACAAAAAGCCAGAUUUUCACCGUCGUCACCGAUAAUGGGGCUAAUAUAUUAUCUGCUGUUAACAAAACUUUUGGCCAAGAAAAACAUUUGCCAUAUUUUGCCCACACUCUGAAUUUGGUAUCCGAAAGGGCAUUGGUUAAUCUUGCAGAUGUACAUAAUAUCAUCAACAAAAUUAAGGCUAUUGUAACUUAUUUCAAGCAAUCUGUAGCGGCUUCUGACGAACUUGGAAAAUUGUGCGAUCAUAAACUAAAACAAUCUGUACCAACACGUUGGAACUCCAUUUAUUUUAUGAUAGAUAGAUUUAUUUUAUGUUCCAACCAUAUUGCUUCAGUAUUAAUCAAUAUUCGCCGGGGCCCCGAAAUGUUGACAGCUGAUGAAAUUGAUGUAGCAAAGGAAAUGUUGUUAGUGUUAAGGCCGAUGGAAGUGGCGACAAGAGAAUUAUGUGGUCAAAAAUAUGUAACUGGCAGCACAGUUAUACCCUUAAUUAAUUGUCUUAUUAAAAAGACUGAGAGUAUUGAUCUAACCCAUCCAACUGCUUUAUCCUUAAAAAAGGCAAUGUUAGAAAAUUUAGAUAAAAGUUCAAGAGCUAUUAAAUUUAUUAAAAAUAAAAUUAAUGAAAUAAAAAGUAAUUGUGAAGAACCUAACUCCUCAAACCAAGGCUCUAGUGAUGAUGAUGGUGAACGCAGUGAUAGUUUGUGGUCAGUUCACAAUGAUCUAGUUUCAAAAAAAGCUGCAUCACAAAGUUCAGAACAGUCUGAAGAGCGAAUGCCAACUGAACUUAAGCAUUAUAUAAGCCAGCCCACAAUACUGUUAGGUGAUGACAUACUUAAAUAUUGGGAUAUAAAUGGCAAUAUGUUCCCUCUCUUAAAAAAAAUUGUACAACCAUAUUUGUCUUUAGUAGCAACUUCUGUCAUUUCGGAAAGAUUGUUUUCAAAAGCGGGAAAUAUAAUGACCGAAAAAAGAAACCGAUUAAAGGGGGAAAAGUUGCAACAGCUUUUAUUUCUAAGUUCUCUAAAUUUUGAAGACUGGCGCAUAGAAUAA